AUGUCUGAACCAAGUAGUGACAUGUUCCGCCCAAGUAAUGUGAGAAGAGUUUUCCAAAGAAUAUCUGAUCACAUAAGUUGCAAAACAUCUAACAAGGGAACCACCGAUAUCACCAGAGGUAACAAUUCUGACAAUCACUCUGAGAUAUCAGAGACAGAGCUGACUAUUGACAAUGUUGAAUUUGUUGAAAAAAUCGACCCAAAAUCCUUUGAUGACCCCCAAACAGAAGACAUUGACAAAGAGUAUGACCCUCUACCUCUUGACCCAGGGCUGAAAAUCUAUCCCUCUUUCAGCACCACUGCCUUAUUUGAGGCGACUGGUGUAAUGGACUUGGAUUUCGACGAGGAGGGCGACUUCCCUGAGGACUGGGAUCCAAAGGUGCAUAUACGUAACACAGGGGGCCCAGAGGAUGUUCGUGAGGUUGCCCCUCGGGGGGAAAGUACUUUGUAUUUGGAGGACAAGAGUCGACUUGCACUCAAAGUCACUAUAACAUAUUUUGAAACAGGAAAAUGGAAAGGCCAGGACGUAUUGGCAUUACUGUGGAGAGUAUAUGUGUUUCAAAAGGACAAUCGCCAAGGCGUUGAAGCAAUUAGCAUCAAGUUCCAAAUUUCUAAUCCACGAAGCACCGAGUCGAAGAAGAGUGUUCUUCCAACAUGGGUUCACAGUAUCCCGCAGCGUUUUGAAGGCGAAGUGACGCCCGAAGUUGUGGAAAAGAAGAUCAAGAUCGGAUUGAGAACCGGUUUCAAUGUGGUUUGCGCUGCUGAUGCCAGUGCUGAAAUGAGCCGAACAAGUACGAUGACCAAAAAACAUUUCCUACGUAUUGAGUCUAUGACCUAUGAAUCACCUCAAAGAGAGAAUGAAGACGACACCAGCAUUCUUUACGUCUCUGGAGUAUCUGCCAAGGGGCAGAGUCUUCCAUCUUUUGCAGGUACGGAGGGAGACCUUGUCAUACGUGCCACCACAAGGACUAGAUAUUGGAGCAAGUGGGAAGGGUUCAAGCGUUGGAUGAGUUUCGGACAACAAACUUCUUUUGCUCGAGUUGUUCAUACCAACAAUCUACCAGAAUCAGCGCUUGGUGAAGCCAGACUCCCUUCCAAAAAUUUUGAUGAAGUAAAACAUGAAGUCUGGGCGGAACACACUGGCCUAGCAAAGGUAAUGAGGGAGACAACCACGACUACAGGGACCAGGGAGACACCAAAACCAUCAGAGACGGCAGAGUCCGGGGAGCCUAAUGGGACCGAGAUCCAGCUAGGUGAUUGA